AUGAGAAAGAGUAUAGCAAAUUAAUAGGAAAAGAAAUGCAGCAAUUGUCACACUAAAGAUGAAAAAACUGCAUAAAUUUAAAAGGAACUUCUAAAACAUAAAUUAGAAAACGAUGCAUUAAUAUCAAAAUUGAAAUAGCUAUCUGAAGAAUCAAAGAAGAUAAUAGAUACCAUAGUCGUACCUAAACUUGCAAAACCUACGAAUUAAGAAUAAUAAGAAGGAGUGGUGAAAAAAGAACUUGAAAAUGCAAAAAAAUAAAUGGAAUUUUAUGAAAAAAGAAUUAAAUAAAUGGAGAAAGCCCAAGAAAGUCAAUCUUUCGAUGCCUAUACAAAGACAGUAGAAGAUCUUAAAUAACUUGAAAGUGAUAUUGAAAAAGCAAAAGUUAAGAAUUAAGAAUUAAAAAGUAAAUAAAGAGAAUAAGAAAAAAUAUUGUAAAGUGACUAGCCAAUAACUAGUAGAAAUGACAUGAGAAAAGAGAUUGAAUUACUAAUGAGUAAACUAAAUUAUGAAUAGAAAGUUAUUGAAAAGAAGAAGGAGAAUCGAGAUAAGAUCAUGAAAAAAAUAGAUGAAACUGAAACAAAAUAUAAAGAACUUUGUUAAAAAAAUAAUGUUACUCCUAUUCAAAGACCAGAUUUAACUGUUAGCCCGGAGGAAUUAGAACCUCCUAAAACUAGAUUUAGAAAUAUUUCUAAAUCGAAAUCAGAAGCAAAUGUAUUGAAAUCUCCUAAAAAAAAUGUUAGAGAAAGUGCUUUACCUUAAGAGUUUUAAAAACCUAUCCGUAUUUCAGAAUCAAUGAUACUUUAAAGCAAAUAAAAUGUAAGAAGAAUAUCAAAUAGUAUAAAGUCCUUUGAAAAAACUCAUAUCUAAAGGCUAACUGAGUUAUAACUUUAAGAAAAACAAAUUUUAGCUUAAAAAGCAGAUGCUGAAAAAGACUUAGAAACUGUCUAACAAGAAUGCUUGAAGGCUCAUUAACUUUUGAAAGAAUUACAAAGAUUACCUAGAGAUUCAGUGAUUGAAGCUUCUAAGAUUCAAACUUUAGUUACAGAAGUUUCACCUAUUGAAGAUGCUUUAUCUUUAGCAAAUAGUAGUAAAGCUCUUUCAACCAAAAAUAAAUUCAGAAAAGAGGUACAAGGAAUAAAAGUUCUCACUGAGCAAACUUUAUAAUGGAGAGAUUUUGAAAUAUUACCAGAUGACAAAUUAUAUAAAAUAAAUAGUUUGAAAAUAUUUUUCAAAGACCAUUAUUUAGUAAGAAUUGAAACAGAAUACAAGCUCCUAAACGGUGAUUUGGUUUAAUCUAUACAACCACCUAAUUCAGAUAAUAUAGUUCAAGAAAGAGAUAUUAAAAGUGUUGAUAUUAAAUUCUCUAGAACUGAGUACAUAUAAGAAAUCUCUGGGUUUUAUGACUCAAGUCAUAUUACUCUUUUGAAGAUUAGAACAUCAUAAUUUAAAGAGUAUCUUGCUGGAGACUAGAAAAUGAAUUAUAAAUAAAAAUAAUUUAAAUUUAAUAUUUUACCAGCAGAAAAGCCAAUAAAUUUCUUUGGAAACUUUGACUCAAUCAAAAAUAUAAAUAGGAAAGUUUUAGUUUAAUUAGGAACUGAAAUUAUGAAAAAAGAUAUCUUAAUUGAUAAUUCAAGAUCAAUUUCUACUUUAAAAGCAGCUAAUUUCUCUUAACAAGUAGAAAACCAUAAUAAAAUCAUUAAAGAUGUAUCAUGA